CCGACCAUUUAUGUAUAUAAACCAAGUGGUUUGCAGCAAAUCUCCACGCUUCAUAAUCUAAUCUAUAUAUAUAUCUCCUCUCAUGACCUGUUGUUCAUGCCAACCAUGGGAGCACAAGCAGAAGAAUAUCAAACACUUCAUAUGAACGAAGUCUUGUCUUCAGAGGCUGAAAAGUCAACGACGUUGACUGAUGAGGAGGCUCAGCCAAAUCUUGAAGAAGGGGAGAAGAUCAUAGGCUAUAGCUUCAACAACAAGGUUUUGUUAAAAGAAGCUUUUACACAUUCUUCUUUUGUGUCCAUAGAGUGCUCUGCCUCUUCUUAUGAGCGUUUGGAGUAUGUUGGGGACGCUGUGCUCAAUUUGUUGUUCAGCAGAGAACAAUACAAUUUGUACCCGGGCUUGCCACCGGGCAGGUUGACCCGGCUCCGGGCGGCCAAUGUCGAUACCGAGAAGCUUGCACGUGUGGCUAUCAAACACGGGUUGCACCGCUACCUGCGGCACAAGAAACCCUUGCUUCAAGAACAAAUUCGAGAAUUCACCCGAGCGAUUUCGCACUAUCCACUGCAUUCCAAUGGUCUCGUAGAUGCUCCAAAGAACCUUGCAGAUAUUGUUGAAUCAACAAUUGGAGCAGUUUUCAUGGACUGUAACUCAAUUGACACUGUGUGGGAGGCGUUUAAGGAUUUGCUGGAGCCGAUAAUAAAUCCGGGGACGAUAAAGACGCAUCCUGUUACACAGCUUUAUGAAAUAUGCCAAAAGAACAAUCUCAAACUUCGGUUUGUAGAUUUGUGGGAGGAAAGCCAGACGGUUGAGGUUUUCAUAAACAAUGAGAUUGUUGGAAGAGGUACUUAUAGUCUUAGAAAGGAAGUUGCACAUAACAGAGCAGCAAAAGAUGCACUGGACAACAUUUGGAAAGUUUUAGGUGAGGAAAAAGAAAAUGCCCAAGACCAAGACCAAGAGGCAAAUUGUCAAUCUGAUGAACUACCUGAAAUGAAAAAUCUUAAUGUAUAGCCUCUAACUGUCAUGGACUGGAUUAAAUUCUGGAACUGUCUUGGAUUAGCUUGGAUUGGACUAAGCUGGAUUAAGUACUGACCUACGUUUGGUGAUGAGUCGGACUAAGAAGUUGGAUUGUAAAAAUAAUGAAGGCCUAUGUUUGGUGUUGU